AGCUGGUGUCCCCGAGGGUCAUUUCUCUCCAGACGCUGAAUGAGGAGGUGGCUAGACCCCCGCAGGUCUCACCAUGGCGGAACAGGAUGAUAUCUGCAACCCUAAGUGGGAGGCGCCACGGGACAAGAGCUCCGUGGAUUCGGCAUGGUCGUGGAUUCCAAUCAUGAGAGACCCUGGGUGGAUCCGAAACGUGUGGCCUUCCAACAUUAACGUCCAGACGAUGAAUUACGUGGGGCAGUUGGCCGGCCAGGUGUUUGUGACGGUGAAGGAGCUCUACAAGGGCCUGAACCCCGCCACGCUGUCGGGAUGCAUCGACAUCAUCGUGGUCCGCCAGCCCAACGGCAGCCUGCAGUGCUCCCCUUUCCACGUCCGCUUCGGGAAGAUGGGCGUCCUGCGGUCCCGGGAGAAAGUGGUGGACAUAGAGAUCAAUGGGGAGUCUGUGGAUUUGCACAUGAAGUUGGGAGACAAUGGAGAAGCAUUUUUUGUUCAAGAGACUGACAAUGACCAGGAAGUCAUCCCCAUGUACCUGGCCACGUCCCCCAUCCUGUCUGAAGGAGCUUCUCGCAUGGAAAGCCAGCUGAAAAGGAACUCCGUGGACAGAAUCCGGUGCCUGGAUCCCACCACGGCUGCCCAGGGCCUGCCCUCCAGCGACACUCCGUCCGCUGGUUCCCUGGGGAAGAAGAGAAGGAAGAGGAGGAGGAAGUCUCAGUUGGACAAUCUGAAAAGAGAUGAGAACGUCAACACAUCUGAGGAUGAGGACAUGUUUCCCAUAGAGAUGAGCUCCGAUGAGGACGCAGCCCCGACGGAUGGAGGAGGCAGAACUCUUCCUAAUGAUGUACCACCAUUCCAAGACGAUAUUCCCAAGGAGAACCUCCCCUCAAUAUCAUCGUACUCCCAGUCAGCAUCGUACCCCAAUUCAGACAGAGAGUGGUCCCCCAGCCCCAGCAGCCUGGUAGAUUGCCAGAGGACUCCCCCUCACCUCGCGGUGGUGGCCGAGGGAGUUCUUUCUAGCUCUUGCCCUCCACAGCCUUCCCACUUCCGUCCUCCGGAAAGCCCUUCAGGCUCCCGCCCCUCAACACCAAAGAGUGAUUCUGAGUUGGUGAGUAAGUCUGCGGACAGGUCGACACCGAAGAGUAACCUGGAAAUGCUCUGGCUUUGGGGCGAGUUGCCGCAGGCUGCAAAGACGUCUUCUCCACACAAGAUGAAGGACUCCAGUCCCUUAGGGAGCCGGAAGAUCCCCGAUAAAAUCCACUUCCAGGCCAUCCACAGUGAGUCUUCGGACACCUUUAGCGACCAGUCGCCGACCCUGGCCCCGGGGCCGCUGGUGCAGCCGCCGAGCAAGACUCAGACGGAAAUGCAGUUUGUGAACGAGGAGGACCUGGAGGCCUUGGGAGCCGCGGCCCCACCUCUACCCGUGGCCGAAGAGCUGAAGCCCCCGGCUGCCUGCACGACACAGGCAGCAAGCAAGACAGACUCCCCGUCCAGGAAGAAAGAUAAACGGAGUCGACACCUGGGAGCUGAUGGCGUUUACCUGGAUGACCUCACAGACAUGGACCCUGAAGUGGCAGCCCUGUAUUUCCCCAAGAACGGCGAUCCUGCGGGGCUCCCCAAACAAGCCUGCGACAAUGGAGCCAGGUCGGCCAACCAGUCCCCACAGUCCGUGGGCAGUUCGGGCGUCGACAGUGGUGUGGAGAGCACCUCGGAUGGCCUGAGGGACCUGCCCUCCAUAGCCAUCUCCCUCUGCGGUGGCCUCAGUGACCACCGGGACAUCACCAAAGAUGCAUUCUUGGAACAGGCUGUGUCGUACCAGCAGUUUGCUGACAACCCCGCUAUCAUCGAUGACCCCAAUCUCGUGGUCAAGAUUGGAAAUAAGUACUACAAUUGGACAACAGCAGCUCCUCUACUUCUGGCGAUGCAGGCUUUCCAGAAACCUUUGCCAAAGUCUUCGUGCCUCAGUUACCUUCACGUGAUUUUGGACGCCAUUAGGUUUUGCCUUUCUAAAAUUUUCAGUCCACCCACAGCCACUGUGGAAUCCAUCAUGAGGGAUAAGAUGCCCAAAAAAGGAGGCAGAUGGUGGUUUUCCUGGCGGGGAAGGAACGCCACAAUCAAGGAGGAAAGCAAGCCUGAGCAGUGCCUGCCAGGGACGGGCCACGGUACAGAAGAGCAGCUUUCACAGCUUGGUCUGGCCCCCAGAGUCAAGCACGAGUCGUCCUCCAGCGACGAAGAGCACUCGGCCGCCAAGCCGUCCAGCUCCAGCCACCUCUCCCUCCUGUCCAACGUCAGCUACAAAAAGACCCUGCGGCUCACGUCGGAGCAGCUGAAAAGCUUGAAGUUGAAGAAUGGCCCCAACGAUGUGGUUUUUAGCGUCACCACGCAGUACCAGGGCACCUGCCGCUGUGAAGGCACCAUCUACCUCUGGAACUGGGACGAUAAAGUGAUCAUCUCGGAUAUCGAUGGGACCAUCACCAGAUCGGAUACUCUUGGUCAUAUUUUGCCCACGCUGGGAAAGGAUUGGACCCACCAGGGCAUUGCAAAGCUGUAUCAUAAAGUAAGCCAGAACGGCUACAAGUUUCUCUACUGUUCGGCACGCGCCAUUGGGAUGGCAGACAUGACGAGGGGCUACCUGCACUGGGUCAAUGAGAGGGGCACGGUGCUGCCGCAGGGGCCCCUUCUGCUCAGCCCGAGCAGCCUCUUCUCUGCCUUACACAGAGAAGUGAUUGAAAAGAAGCCAGAAAAGUUCAAAGUCCAGUGUUUGACAGACAUCAAAAACCUGUUUUUCCCGAACACAGAACCCUUCUACGCUGCUUUUGGAAACCGCCCUGCCGAUGUGUAUUCCUACAAGCAAGUGGGAGUGUCCCUGAACAGGAUCUUCACUGUCAACCCCAAGGGCGAGCUGGUGCAGGAGCACGCCAAGACCAACAUCAGCUCCUAUGUGAGACUCUGUGAAGUGGUUGACCACGUCUUCCCGCUGCUGAAGAGAAGCCACUCCUCCGACUUCCCCUGUUCAGACACUUUCAGUAACUUCACCUUCUGGAGAGAACCGCUGCUACCCUUUGAGAACCAGGACGUACAUUCGGCCUCAGCCUGAUGCGACCAGGCAUUAAAGGAUAGGUUGUGGGACCCUGGAGCUGCUGGGAAGGCUGAUGUGCGGCCAUCCACCCGAGAGAGAAGCAUUUCUCCCUUGACCCGCCCGCCCCGGGGUGACAUUUCUGAGCGUGGAGGGUGGAUGCAGGCUGCACCUCAUCCCGUAUGUGUGCUACAUGAGGACGGGUUGCACUGGUAGUGUGCAAAGCAGUCCUCUGUCUGGGUUAACAUACAUAGUGCUGCACUCUCCAGCCCGGGGCCAGCCACUGGUUAAUGUGGUGACCCCUUAGCACAAGUGGGCCGGCCACCCGAGAGCUGUCCCAGCAUCAGUGUGCACCCCAGGAACUCGGAUGUGCACAACUGUUGGUAGCAUAAGGGGCGCAUUUCCACAGACAGUGACAUCUGUGCCGCCUUCCACACACAGGGAUGGGCUCUUUUCCGAGUCUGAGUGCUCUGAAGGGAAGGAGCCUGGGCCUUGCUAGGUCCCAGCCCUCAGGCUUUGACUUUAUAGACGUCCCCUCGCAGUAUGGCUGACUUAGUCUCACUGUAGGUGAUAAGCUCUUGAGUUGCUUUGGUCAAAGAUGGCCUGUGCCCCUGGUGCAUCUCCUCCCCAUCCUCACAGCUCAAGGCCGGGCUAUGUAUGCCUUAACACAUCUGCAGCAGCCGUUUGCUUAGAGCCCAGUGUCUGGUUCUCCCAACUGCGAUGCCUUACAUUAAAACCAUAGUCCCUACGGCAGCGUCUGCGGCGUCCUCCAUCUGCGUCCCACCGUGGCCAGCCAGGAAGCACCAAGGAGGACUGGAACGGCACUUAAGCCAAACAGGAAUGAUGCCGCUAAAGAAACCGGGUGAUUUUAAGAAACGCAGUUUCCAGAAGUUAAACGAUUUUCUUUGCAGAUAUUAUUUAUUACUUCAUUUCGCUGCUGUUGUGAGCACCCUGGCCAGAUCCUUAGGAAUGCAGCUGUCGUGAACACAUUAAAAGUCAAGUGUGCUAGACAAUCCAAAGAGCCUUAUUCUGUGUAUGUCACACACUGAUCUUCUGGAAUUUCCGAAUCAUUCGUUUUCCUUAGCUUUUUCCAUUCAGUCUAAGGGGGAAAAAAAUGUAAUUUGAGUGAUGUUCUUUAAGCUGAUAGAGGGUAGUUGUUGAACCGUCUCAGAGAACAAUGUGAAAAAUGAAAGAAGUAUUUUGGUAAAAAAGAUUUUGCUUUACUUUUGGAAGUUUUAUUUUUUUAAAGAGUGUUUUACUCCUGAAAGAUCUUCCUAUUUAAAUUUCAUUGUUUGAGUCAGAGGAGACAAAAAAAAAGAAAAAAAGAAAAAAAAAGAAAAAGAAAGAAAAAAGA